AACACCAACGCGCCGCCCGUGUGUUUACUCUCCCUCUGCGCUGCCGGAAUUAACGAGGAAGAUUGCCCUUUUUUGUCUCGAAUUUCGUCUCCGGGGUACUUUUUCCUUCGGCCGGGGUCUAUUCUUGAUGGUGGGAAUGUACAGCGUGUAAUGCCUGCAUCAUCAGCUGAGGUGAUAGGGGCGGCGCUGCAGUCUGCUUUCCAACACAAACCUGCGGACACAGCCCCGUCCUCACUUCACAAGAAAAACCAUAUAGAGGAUCAGCUGGUCGCCUCUAGUAAACAGGUACUGCUGAACCAUGUUGAGUAUGACCGUGUGGGCACCCAGCAGUCUAUGGUGCUAACCUCACUCAAGACCAAAUAUGUGAACCUGACAGCCAGCGCCACCACCACUCCCGACUCUCCACCAGGUAGCAUGGCCCAUGCCCAGCACCACAAGCAGUCCUCUGCGGUGAAGGAGGACCAGCUAGACGACCCUAAGUUUGUGCUGUGGUCAAGAGACAAGGUCACGCUGGGAUGGAGGAAGACCUUUCCCCCUGGUGCAGGCAUGGUUAAUUUGGGCAACACCUGCUACAUGAACUCCUCACUACAGGCACUGUUCCAUAUCCCUGCAAUGGCAAACUGGCUACUUGAAGAUCUUUCAAACCACACUCAACGAUGCGAGGCCAAUUCUUCAAAUGCUUCAUAUUGUUCUGUUUGUGCUAUGAUGAGAACCUUGCGGCAAACACUUGACCGGUCAAAUAAUGUUAUUAAACCUUCUCUUAUUCACCACAAACUGAAAAGCAUUGGCAAAACAUUGAUGUAUGGUCGUCAGGAAGAUGCUCAUGAAUUUAUUAAGUUGUUAUUAGAUCAUAUGGAGAAAUCGUACCUUUCAUUUAGACGUGCUACUAAGCUGGAUCAUCGGUCUAAGGAAACUACCCCUCUCAACCAGAUUUUUGGCGGGUAUCUCCGACAGCAAGUCAUCUGCCCAUUGUGUCGACAUGUCUCCACAACCUUCUCUCAUUUCCAAGACUUGGUGCUGGAUAUUCGAUCAGUUAACAGUGUAGAUGAAGCACUCAACCUCCACUUCAGGAAAGAAACUUUGGAUGCAGACAAUGCUUACAAGUGUGAACGUUGUCACAAGAAGGUCCCAGCGACGAAAAGGCAUCUCAUAGAGCGAGCACCACAUGUUCUUUUAAUACAACUGAAGAGAUUCACCUAUUCGGGUGGUAAGAUAAGCAAACACAUAAAUAUCCAAAAAACCAUAGAUAUUUCUCGGUUUGUGAAUGGUGUUCAGAAACAAGGGGGAGCUGGUAGUGGGCCGUACCAAUACCGCUUGACUUCUAUGGUUAUACACAUUGGAGGAUCUCAGCAUGGGGGUCAUUACACGGCAGUUGCUGAGUCGUCUAGUGGUACAAUGUUUGAAUUUGACGACUCGUCAGUACGGUCCAUAUCUGUUCAGAGUGCUCUCCUCCGAAAUCCAUAUAUUCUCUUCUAUGAAAUGGUGCGCAAACCAAAAGAUCAAGUUGGAAUAAAGCAGGUCGUCCGCCAGAGCUCUGAAAAGGCACUCAUACGUCAAAACUCUGACGGAAUACCCAAGCCUCUUCCCACAAGCCACAGUGCCUCUUCAGUGACUAAUGGAUAUGGUCGUGUCACUGACAGUUUGGGGGAGGCCAUCACCAAGAAUGGGCACCAGGCUCCCAACAAGCCCCCAUUGCCAACACACAAAGAAAGGGACAAAAUCUCAUUUGGCUUGAAAUUCAACCAGAGUAACAGCAAAAGUGAUGGUACAAGUAAACCAAACAAGAUCAUCCUUAAACCUGGCACCACUUCUUUGCUAGGAACAAAAUCUUCAGCAUCAUCUAAUUCUCUCUUCUCAUCCAAACCUUCGGUAUCAUCCCUAAGCACAUCAUCACCACCUUCAUCAACACCUAACAAGAAUUCUGCUGCUCAGAAGCCUUUAUCUAGUUUAGUUCCCUAUCUUGAUGACUCUGAAGAGUCUGAGUCAGAUGACUCAAAGCGAGGGCCCAUGAAUGGGCACAAAGAAAAAUCCUUGCAGAAUGGCAAGGCUAAAUGUGAUGAACACCAGAAAAAUGUAAAAGAAAAUGGUGUUAAGAUGAAUGGUUGUUUACAUAACAAGAAUGUAGAAAAGAGUGCCAAUAGUGAUAAUAAGAGUAGUAAAAAUAAUGACAGUGAAAGUGGUGCUAAAAGUAGUAUUAGUUCCAAUAAAGGUGGUAUAACAGCACCGUUCUUACCCAGAUCACUUCAGGUGAUCACUAGUGCCAACCAGCUCCACACAAGUAGCGAAAGUAGUAAAGGAAAAAGCGACUUGGGUUGGACUGUCUCAGAUGCAGCUCUGCACUCGCCAAGCGAAAGUAGUAAUAGCAGUGCUGGUGGUUGUCAUGCUGCCUCAUUUACUGUUGUUGAUCAGCCAACCAGUAGCAAGAAUGAUCAAAUCAAACAUCAACCUCAGGAACUUGAAAAGCUCCAGCAUCAGGGAUGGACAGUGACAGUGAGAAGGCAGCGACCAGAGCUUGAAAAGUCACACUCGCAUGACUCUGUUCUUCCUGGGCCAAGCCACAAAAAAGACGAGCCAGAUUCAGCCAGUUUAAGGAGCAAAGCUAGUGUAGAUAGCACAAGAUCUGAUCGCUCAACUAAAUCAAUGAAAAAGUCUAUCUUUUCCCUCUUUACCUGUGUUACCUCAGCUCGCAGCCCAGACAGCCCAGAGGAUGACCAGCCCGAGGCCCUUCCACCACACAGUGAAACUCAGCAGGGUAGUAAAUCAAAGCACCCAGAAGGUCAAGCAAAACUGGCAGAACCAGAGGAAGAUCUGCCCAAUGACACCAUGGUAUUACACAAUCCAAGCAAAUGCAAGAAUAAAGCAACCAAUGGCAAACAGAAUGUCCUAGAGAAUGGUCAUGCCUUGGGGAAGGGAGAUGCAGAUAGUGAAGCUGACGCACCUCAGAGCAAGAGGAUUAGGGAUCGAGAUGACAAUGAACCAUCGAGUCCUUCUAAGAAGUGCCGUCCAGAAGACAAGAUGAAGGUGAAUAAGAAGAGUGAAAAUGACCUAGGAAAAAAUGGUUCUGUGUCUAGUGUUCCAAAAAACGGACUAAGUAAUAAUUAUGAUAAGUCAAAAAACGUGCAGUGUAGUGACCCUGAUAGUUCAAAAAACGGAGUUACUCAUGAAAGUGUGAAAACAAAAAAUGGAUAUGCCGAUGGGGGGGAAAGAGAGAAUAGUAAAAGUGGUAAGAGUAAGAAAGAGGGGAAAAGUGUGCUGUGUAAUAGUGGAGAAGCUCCAAAGGCCACAUUAGACUCAUCCUCCUCAGCAUCAGCUUCCUCCCUAACAGGGUCAUCUGACUCCGAGUCCAGUGAAGGUGAAGAAGAUCCAGAAGGAACUGAGCAUUGGGUAGAGAAAACAAAAGAGACGGUUGGAAAGGCUAAGAUCAAUCCAAAUGCUCAUGUUGUUCACUGGAAUGGUAGCUUGAAAGAUCUCUCCCACACAUUGAUUCGUGACCGGGAAAAGGAUGGCCCUAAGGAAUUUGAAAAGCGCAAAACAGGAAUGUGGGAUGGAAGUCGAGACACAGAUGUUGUUGAUGAACUGCGUAGAGCAGGCAGUUUUGCAUUUGGCACAAAAGUUAAUAGCUGGGGAGGAAACAGAGGUGCGAUAGACCAGGAAUUUCAGAAAGAACGGAAUGAAGCCAAGAAAAGAACUGCCGAUGACUUGUACAAUGAAGAAUUUGAUAGAGGAAGAACAAAGAAGGUAAAGAAAUCCAAGAAACCUUGGGAAGACAACCAGCGCUGGGACCGCGGCAAUGCUUUUCAAAAAGUGCAAGAUUACAGGAAUUCUGGUUCAUGGACCCCACACAAUAACUACCAGAAUCAGUAUGCCAAUUCCAGCCAGCACUUCAACAACCAUUACUCUCGGGAACAGUACUGGGACAGGAACCGUGACCGCCAUCACCAGCGUUAUAAUAAUAAUAAUAAACCAUGGAAUAAAUUCCAUAAAAGAGAGCAUAAAUUUCACAAGAAACACAAGGAGAAGUAUAAGCACUGGGAUCGACGAGACUAAAGAUUAUGUCUGUGUAAGGGUAAUAUGCCACUAGUUCAAACUCAUCUCAGUUGUUACUUCAUUCUUUGCUGACAUUGGCAGUAUAUGCUAUUCUAUUAAACACAGGCCCACACACACAUGCUUGUGAAAACUUCUCAGACAUGCAUACACACACAAAAACAAAUUCAAACUCAACACAAGCACAAACAGCCACAAGCAUACAUGCACAUGCUAGAAGACAAACACAAACUCGAGCACAAAACUUUCGUAUACAGACAGUGUAUAUAAUGACAUACCAUAUGUGUAAGAUACUUAACACUUUCCAGAAACAUGGAAUAGCUGAAAGGCUGUUAAAGUCUUAACUGUUGUAAGAAUUUGACUUUUCUGACACAUGUUGGCAGUCCACUGAUAUGGUCAGCCUACUACCUAAUGUCUUUACCAGUUUAAAAAUGUUUAUAGUUCUUGUUGCCUAAAGAGAUUUUUCUUGGCUGUAGCAUAUUCGUAUAGACUGUUGAAAUAAAUGUGCAUAGCAUAUAUAUAAAGUGUGUGUAUGUGUUUGUGUGCAUGCCUGCAUGUGUGUGUUGUUUGCACAUGAGUGAGAGAGUGAGAGAGUGAGAGAGUGAGAGAGUGAGAGAGUGAGAGAGUGAGAGAGUGAGAGAGUGAGAGAGUGAGAGAGUGAGAGAGUGAGAGAGUGAGAGAGUGAGAGAGU